UAACAGUUAUUAUGUACUAUUAUGAACGGUUGUUAUACAUGAAUGAUAUAUAAAUUAUCAACUUAAUAAAUCAUACAAUUAAUCAUACGAAUAAAGUGAUUAAAAGUUAUAAAUUUAUAUAAAAUAAUAAAAAUAAAAAUUUCAAAAGAAAAUGAUAGGUAUUUUAAAUGAUUCUGACAGUGAAGAUGAAUUACCACCUGGAUGGGAAGAAAUGACAACUGCUAAUGGAAAUGUCUAUUAUGUAAAUCAUUAUACAAAAGGUACACAGUGGACACAUCCUAGGACUGGUCGUACAAAAACUGUUGAAGGGGAAUUACCAUCUGGAUGGGAAAGACGUGUAGCAGAAGAUGGUCAAGUUUUAUUUGUUGAUCACAUAAAUCAUACAACAACCUAUACUGAUCCAAGACUUGCAUUUGCUACGGAAUAUAGAGAAUUAUCACAUCCUAUGAGACAACGUUUUGAUGGUAGUAGUACAGCAUUAUCUGUUUUACAUGGAAGAGAUUUAAGAGGCAAAAUUGCUAUAGUUACGGGUGCUAAUACUGGAAUAGGAUUUGAAACUGCUAGAUCAUUAGCUCUACAUGGUUGUACAGUUAUUAUAGCUUGUAGAGAUCUAAAAAAAGGUACAGAAGCAGUAGAAAAAAUAAAACAAGAAAGAGAAAAUGUAUUAUGUGAAACCUUACAUUUAGAUUUAUCAUCAUUGCAUAGUGUUAGAGAAGCAGCUGAAAAAUUUAAACAAAAAUAUAGGACUUUACAUAUUCUUAUAUUAAAUGCUGGAGUAUUUGCAAUUCCUUAUCAACUUACAAAAGAUGGUUAUGAAACAACAUUUCAAGUAAAUCAUCUAUCUCAAUUUUACUUUACUCUCUUAUUAGAACAUCCAAUACGAAGUUGUCAUAAUUCUAGAGUAGUAGUAGUUUCAAGUGAAUCACAUAGAUUUUCAUCUUUACGAACAGUAGAAGAUUUUCACCAAUUAAGUUUAUCUCCUCCUGCAUAUAAAUAUUGGUUUAUGGGAGCAUAUAAUAAUUCAAAACUAUGUAAUAUUUUAUUUGCACAAGAAUUAGCAAAAUAUUGGCCUUCUGUAAAUGUUUUUAGUUGCCAUCCUGGUAAUAUGGUUUCUUCUUCAUUAUCUCGUUAUUCAUGGACAUUGCGAUUAUUAUUCAUGCUAGUACGACCUUUUACAAAAUCAUUGCAACAAGCUGCUAGUACAUCAAUUUUUUGUGCAACUGCUCCAGAAUUGGAAGGUGUAACUGGAUGUUAUUUCAAUAAUUGUUAUCGCUGUGAUCCAUCAAAUGCUGCAUUAGAUUCUGCACUUGCAACUAGAUUAUGGUCUGUUAGUCAAGAAAUGAUUAUUAAUAUUAUGAAGAAAGAUAAACUUUGGGAAACAUUAGCUUUAAGAUAAAAGUUACUAUUAAUAUAUUGCCAUAAAAUAGUUAUAAAUGGAAUCAAUUCAGUAAAAUAUUGAAAUCAUAAAAAUUUAAAAAGUAUUUUUAAUUAAGAAAUUUAUAUUUAUUUUUACUUAGAAAUUUUAUUUUAUAUUUGAUAAAUUUAUUUUUAUGUAUUAUAUUUUAACACGAUCAAUGUGGAAAUGAUGUUGCAUUGAGCAUGUUAAUUUUUCUAAAUUUUAUUAAAAUUCAUAUAUGUAUAAAUAUGUAUAUUAAGAUUGUAUUAAACUAAAUUAAUUUUAUUAAAUUAGAAAAUGAAAGAAUAUUUUUAAUGAUUUAAUAAUAAUUAAAAAUUAAUUUUAAGAAAAUAAUUUGAUUUUAAUUGAUUUUGAUUAAUUCAUCUAUUAAGUUUUUGAUAAAUAUCUAUGACAUAUGUAUAAAAAAAAUUAUUUUACUAGCAUUUAAUAAUUGAUAGUUUUAUUUUUAAAUAUUUAUUUUUAUGUUUCUUGUCAUGAAUAUUUUUAUAAAAUUUAUAAUACAUAGACAAAGAUGUACAAUAAUACAAAGAUUAUUAUGCUUGUUUCUUAGAAUAUUCAAAGAUAUUUUAAACAUAAUGUCACAAUGAGAAAAAACUGUGUUAUUUUGUUCACAUAUUUUCAAACAAAUUAGUGAUACGUGUGAAAAUAGCGGAAAAUCACACGUAAAAAUGGCUCGUUAAAUUCUUCGAUCUUAUAUAAAAUUAUAAAUUUCAAUCUUUAAAAUUUUAAAUAGUGAAAUUCGCUAACAUUUCAAAUAUAUAGUUAUGAACAAUUACGUACACAGAUUCUUAGAAUCAACUAUUGGAAGUUUAUUUGGUAAAGAUGUGACAUGUAGAGAACCAGUACAUCGAUGCGAUGAUUAUCAACCAGGUGUAUUAGUAGAAUUUGGAAGAACUGGUAUAAAAGUAUGUAUUCAAGUAAUAAUUUUUUUAGUCUAUUGUUUAACUCUAUUAAGAAAUCAAUUAACAAAUUAUAAAAUAAAUUUUCAUUUAUGGAUGAAUAGAAAUGCAAAUAUUACAUUAUUAUUUAUUGACGAAAAAUAUUAUAAUUGCAAUACACUGUAUUUCAUGUUUAGAGAAGAAAAAAUUUUAGUCUCAUUUUAAUCUUUAUUAUAUAUAAUAACAUAUAAUUAUAGGAAAAAUAAAAUUUGCGUAGCUAUCCGAUCUUCUUUUUUUUAACCGUUAUGAAUUGACAACAUAAACAAAACCUUGAUAUAUUAUGUCAAUUUUCUAUGAAAAACUGUAAAUACAAGAUGUACAACGAUUUUUGAUUUUAAUAUUUAAGUUUUAUGUUUUAUUUCUGUAUAAAUUUUUGUUAACAUUGAAUUGGAUAUCUAGUAAGUAGAUUCUAUAUAUUGUAAUAAAAUUAUAUUUCAAGAAUAUAUUUAUAAUUUUAAUAUUAA